AUGGGGGACCUGGGAGGCUUCACCACCACAGGGGAGAGGGUGAACCCGGCCCACAUCUUGUUUGACCGCUUCGUCCAGGCCUCCACCUGUAAGGGCACGCUCAAGGCCUUCCAGGAGCUCUGUGACCAUCUAGAGCUCAAGCCCUGCGAGUACCGGGUCUUCUACCACAAGCUCAAGUCCAGGCUCAACUACUGGAAGGCCAAGGCACUCUGGGCUAAGCUAGAUAAGCGGGCCGGCCAGAAGGAGUACAAGAAGGGACGUGCAUGUACCAACUCUAAGGUAUGUGAUGAUGUAACCUGGCCUUUAUUUGUCUCAUAUCCUUGUUCAAAGUACCUCAGAGAAAAUUGCUCUGUAUAUAAUAGGGUAGGGCGAUAUCCACAUUUUCAUGUUGUUUAUUUUCCCUUGUUAAAUAUUGGAAUAAACCAUAUAUUGCGAUUAAAUUAUAUUUUGCGAUAAACAGUAUAUCGGCAAUUUAACUUAAUAUUGUAAUAUCAGCCAACUCUUGUAUAUGAGAUACAGUAUGUUUACCCCUCCACAGUGUUUGAUCAUCGGGGCAGGACCAUGUGGCCUGCGGACGGCCAUCGAGCUGGGCUUCCUGGGGGCCAAGGUGGUGCUGCUGGAGAAGAGGGAUGCCUUCUCCAGGAACAACGUGCUGCACCUGUGGCCCUUCACCAUCCAGGACCUCAGAGGCCUCGGGGCAAAGAAGUUCUAUGGAAAGUUCUGCGCCGGAGCCAUCGACCAUAUCAGUAAGUGGAAAAGACUAGCCUACUCCUAUCUCCUACUCUCUAUCUUUUAUAAAACGGUUUAAAUGCUUUCACGUUUUGCUUUGUGAUCUAUUGUUAUCUAUUAAGAGAAGACUUCUGGUGCUUGCCAGGACCAUAGCUCAGCUGUGACAUUGCAGUCUUUUCGGUUGUUGAAGCUAAUACAUUUUUCUUGCUUGAUAUUCUCCUCUAAUCUGUCUGACUCUCUGUGCAGGUAUCCGUCAGCUCCAGCUGAUGCUGCUUAAGGUGGCCCUGCUACUGGGCAUUGAGAUCCACGUCAACGUGGAGUUCAAGGGUCUCAUCGAGCCCCCCGAGGACCAGGAGAACGAGAGUAAGACCUCUAUAGACCCCUGUCACAUGACUGCAUUAAGGACCGUCACAAGACAUGACUUCUCUAUAGCCAGACAUUAGGGAAAUAAGGAAGGGCCAUAUGUUACUGUAUGCAACAGUGCUAACUGAGAGCUCUCUAUUGGAAAAUAUCCCCCAUGGUUGUCAGUGAAGGAAAGUCAAAUUGUAUGCUAAAUAAUACAAAGUUACACGUCUUAUGUAUUUUCCCGUGUUGUGUUUUUGCAGGGAUAGGGUGGAGGGCUGAGGUCCUCCCCAGGACACACCCAGUCAACGAGUUGGAGUUUGAUGUCGUCAUCGGGGCAGAUGGGAGGAGAAACACGCUGGCAGGUAAAAAGCAACAAAGCAACAGAUGUUCGAAAAUUAGUUGUGUAAAACACUAUGAGAACUGAAGCCCUCAAAAACACAGCUGUGGUUCGUUUAUGAGUCCGACCCCUCUUUUUCUCUCUCGCUCUUUCUCUUUCUCCCCCUAUCCCUUCUCUCUCUCUCCCUCUCCACUUUUCCUGUUGCUUUGUUGUGCACAUGUUGUGACCUUCUUCACUCCAUCCAUCUUUAGAGAGCACUCCUCCGUGGCCUCUCUCUGGAGCGGAGCAGGAAUUGGUGAAUUGGCUUUCCUGUAUGAGCUAACAGCCCUCACAAGCAACUCUGGGAGCUCUGUAGUGUGUGGACUGCUGUGAACCAUCUCCUAUCUACUGCUGCCUGCUGAAACCACUUUAGAGGGUCACUAGAGGGAAGGGGAAGCAGUUUCCCUCGGGCCUAGCCAGUAGUCACUGCAAACAAUGUUCGUUCUCAGCCUGCAAUUUUACAUGAGACGAUAAAAAAGUUAUUGCGGAUAUAUUGAUCGUCUGAAAAUGAUAGUGUGCAUCAAAGCCUAACAGGCGCAACCUUUUUUUCUCCUGUUGUUUUUUUCUCUUUUACAAACGUGAGUUUGUAAUACAAGGCAACUGUUAACCUGGCUGGUUUGUUCUCUCAAAGAAUGCUGACUCAUUCACUGUCUGCAUAAUGACCCUUGACCCCAGCCUAACGUGUCACAUCCUUCCUCCCUCUCUCCUCUCCCCUACAGGGUUCAGGAGGAAGGAGUUCCGGGGCAAGCUAGCCAUCGCCAUCACAGCCAACUUCAUCAACAGGAACACCACAGCCGAGGCCAAGGUGGAGGAGAUCAGCGGAGUGGCCUUCAUCUUCAAUCAGAAGUUCUUCCAGGACCUCCGGGAAGCCACGGGUCAGUUAUUGCUCCAUAGGGAGACAACAUGUAAUAACCCUCGUUAUAAGAUAUUAUAAAGGCUCAUAGGUACUUAUAACAAGUUAUUAAGUAUUAUAACUGUAGGCUUUAAGUAACAUUUUACAGAUUGUUAUAGAUUAAGAGUGUAUGGAUUAGGUGAUACGCUAGAAAUGUAAAUAGCUGAUUAAUACAUACAUAGAUAAACCUAGGAACAGGACGUUUUAUGCCCAUGCAUUUUCUAAGAGCCUGUCAGUUCCUAUCUGCAUGGUUUAUCCAUGGGUUAGAGAAAAUGUAAACAAGCAAAGACGAAGCUUGAAUCUGUUCACAUUUGUCAAUUAAACAGUUUGAUCCCUUGCCAUAACAUGAGAGAUCGGUGCAGAGAUGGCGCCGUCUAUAUUUGCCGCAAGUUUUGUCUUCUUGGUCGUGUGAUCUCCAAAAAGUUGGAUCCAGACCUGAAGACAGUCAAACCCGGACCCGACGACAACCAGACCUAAACGAUUUAAAUGCUUUCACGUUUUGCAAUCAGACCUGAACUCGCAAGGACCCGACGACAACCAGACCUAGGUCUAGACCGGACCCAAUUGGACCCGAGUGACAAACUGUUUAUCAGCCAAGUUGGUUGAUAAACAGUUUGGUUAACGAAUAGGUUUUUAUAUGUUGGCUAGGCCUUCUUUAAGUCAAUAAAUUCACCUUUGUAGCAUAAAAUAAAAAUGCUAUAGGCUAUGCAGAGGCGUGGUCGGGUCCAUUCGGGUCCACUUGUUUAUCAGCUGUAGUUACAUAGACCUGAGAUCCGAUGACAAUCAAACAGGACCCGACCUGGACCUGGAGGGAAAAGUUAGAAUUUUGGAGCCGGACCCACUCGUGUCCCGGGUCGGGUAUUCGGGUUUCAUUGUCCACCAUUCCUCUAGCGAAGACAACCAGAGAGACUGUCAAUGGAGCAGCCAUAGAAAAGACAUUUGGUUUACCAAAAGUAAAUAACAAAACUCUCUUUCUAUUGAUUUGAUAGGAGUUGACCUGGAAAACAUUGUCUACUACAAGGAUGACACGCACUACUUUGUCAUGACUGCCAAAAAACAGAGCCUGCUGGAGAAGGGAGUCAUUCUGCAUGUGAGUGAUCAAAGGGUCAAUCGCAGACGGUGAGAGAUACGUCUGGAGAUGUCUCUCUCGUACACAUGCAUGCAUACACAUACUGUACAUGUACACACACACACACACACACACACACACACACACACACACACACACACACACACACACACACACACACACACAGUCUUGUACAACUAACCUUGUAGGGUGACACAAUUCAGUCCCACUCAAAAUCCUAUUUUCCCUAACACUAAAACUAACCUUAGCACCUAACCCUAACCCUAAACCUAAUUAUAAUCCUUAACACUAAUUCUAACCUUAACCCUAAACCCCCUAGAAAUAGCAUUUGACCUUGUGGGGACCAACAAAAUGUCCCCAGUUGGUCAAAUUAUUGUUUGUUUACUAUUCUUUUGGGGAUGUCUAUUCCCCACAGGUAUAGUUAAACACGUUCACACUCCCUCUUUCCCUCACUCACUCACUCAAUCACUCACUCAUUCACUCACUCACUUUACAUCUCUGUGUGCCUGGUCCCUGCCUAAUGGCCAGACCAAGCCAAAACUGUGCCAGGAACAAACUGCCAGCUCAACCACACUUAAUGAGAGUUUGUGUCCCCACACUUCACUUCAUAACACUGCUGUUUCCUUUGACUAGAGUGGGCAGUCGCAAGCUUUUAGGACAUUAGGACCUCUUUUAGAAGUUCAGCUUUCAUGCUCCAAUAAAAGUUGCCACUGUAUUUCCAUCUCACUUUGAGAUGAAAGCCUUGUGGAGGGGAAUAAAGGGUUUGGUAAUAUUUUGCAAACCCAAUCAAGCUCUCGUUAUGAAGGCAUUCCAGUAAUUGGGAAGUGUAACCCUUUUGAUAAUUGGAUUGGCACCGAAUGUGAGUUUUGAUCAGCAGUCUUCAGGCCAGUACAGUAGGAGGUUGACGGGCUGAACAGGCUCUGUGGGUCCAGUGCUGGGUUGUAUUCAUUAGGCACCAAAGGGAAGAACAUGGACUGAAACAGGGAGGGACUACCUGAACUUACCGCAUGUAAGAGGCAUGAAGAAGGAGAGAAUGGAGUAGUAAACGGGUUGUAUAGCCGUGUGGUUUGACGAGAACAAUGCCAAGGCAGAUGCCUCGUUCACAUGUUAGUCGGAACUAGGAAACUCAGAAACUGGUUGAACACGGCACGUGUAUAACUACAGCCAGUUAGAAUGUCGGAAAUUUCAGAAUUUCGACUAGCACCUGAACGCGGCAAAAGAUGAGACGCGCGUGGACAGCAGUGGACGCAUAAAUUCUGGCUAAUGACAAUCGCCAAAUGUCAUUACACUUUUUGGUUUCCAACAGAUUUCUGUUUCCAUUCACCACUGUGUUUGAAGGCUGAAAAUAUGUUGCCAGUGGAUGAACAUGUGUGGGUAGCCUAGUAAAGGAGACCUUUUGAAGUGAUUGUUUGACAAUCAGAUGAAAACAUCAUGACUGGUUGUGUUUAUGCCACAAUAAAAGGUAAUACUUUUUAAAAGUUAAUUGACAAAUCUUUACGGCUAGGCCCACAGAGAUCCUAUUGAAUUCUAUAUGUAAUUCUAUGAUUAGGCCCAUAACAAGCCAGUGAGUUUUCAGUGGAUUGAUGUACCGGUAUGUAUACUAGCCCAUAGAUACGUUUCCUAGAAGACGACUUACUUCCAGGCAAGGUCCUUUUUAUAUAAAUGGAAAUCACUCCAUAGCCCCUUUUCAGUGCUCCGUCCUGCCCCUGGGAAAGAGGUGGUUGGCAGGCAGGCAGGGGAGCGGUGGGUCGGGUCCACACUGUUCCAACCAGUACCAUGAAUAAAAGAAAGUCACUCUUAGAUCCUCCAAAUGCUCCACCCUCCACCUCUCCUCCACCCAUCCAGCUCACCAGUCAGCCAGCCUGCCACUGCCGGCCCAGCCUAGCCAGGGAAAGUCAAUGGAAAAUAAUGUGCCUCUUAAAGCAUGCCUUCAUUUGAUGCUACGUAUCAGAGACAGUAAAGUAUAAUAUACUAUGGGGGUGUUUAGAUUUUUAUAUUGGGAAUUAAAAUACUUGUUUUUGUAGACAUUUUAAAUGGGCCUUUAAUAACCUCUUAAGGAUCGUACCCUUUUAUUUAAAGGAAUAAUUACAUUACUAGACAAUAUUUUGUAUCAAGUCUUCCAGGAGUUGGAGACAGCAGGGCGUCAAACCGUAGAACCCAGUUCCUACAUUUGAAUAUAAAAAUGUAUUUUAUCAAACAAAACUAUGCUACAUUUUAUCUCUGGGACCCUCAGGUUGACAAAUCAGAGCAAGAUUACUGAAUGUAAGUACAUUUUUUACCUUCAGAGACAGCAGGGCAUCAAACCGUAGAACCCAGUUCCUACAUUUGAAUAUAAAAAUGUAUUUUAUCAAACAAAACUAUGCUACAUUUUAUCUCUGGGACCCUCAGGAUGACAAAUCAGAGCAAGAUUACUGAAUGUAAGUACAUGUUUUACCUUCAGAGGUGAAUGUAUCAAACCAGUUGCCGUGACAAAAGUUUUUUGUUGUUGUGCACUAUCCUCAAACAAUAGCAUAGUAUUUUUUUGCUGUAAUAGCUACUGUAAAUUGGACAGUGCAGUUAGAUUAACAAGAAUUUAAGCUUUCUGCACAUAUAAGAUGUGUAUGUCCCGGAAAGUUGGCGUUGUUUACAACCAUUCUAGUCACAUAUCGCAUAUUGAGCAGCAACCGUCCCGGUAAAGGGACACAGAUCCAGUAGAGGAUAUUUAUUCAAUUCAAUAUAACUUUAGAAUGUUAUUGACUUGAUUUGGAUUUCAAAGUUCUGCUUUGGUGGUGCAGGUUAACCUCUGUGGAAAAUAUAUCCUUUUCUAAAUUCCACUGCAUGGAUGUCAUGCCCCAUUCUCUGUGCGUGACAGCCUAUUUUCCACACAGUCUCUUAUCAGUGUCUCUCCCUCCCUCUAGUCAUCUGAGCCAUCUAACUUCUUUAUGUCUCUCCCUGUCUCUCCUCCAGGAUUAUGCAGACACAGAGAGGCUGCUGUCCAGGGCUAACGUGGACCAGGCAGCCCUGCUAUCUUACGCCCGCGAGGCCGCAGACUUCUCCACCAACCACCAGCUGCCCACGCUGGACUUUGCCAUUAACCACUACGGCCAGCCCGACGUGGCCAUGUUCGACUUCACCUGCAUGUACGCCUCGGAGAACGCGGCGCUGGUGCGCCAACGCAACGGACGCCAGCUACUGGUGUCUCUGGUGGGGGACAGUCUACUGGAGGUGAGAGGGGCUACUGGGUGGAGGGUGUUUCAGUCUCACUUAGAAGGUAUACUCUCAGUCACUAUGGAUAAGAUAGUGUCUGACUGGCUCAUUUUAUAUAAAUAAGAAAGGGAGUGAAAAUCAGCGUGAGCAAGAGUGUGGGAGAAAUGUAAGUGAAUUUAGAGGGUGAUUUAAGUGUUGACGUUUGCUUGCUUGAAACAGACAAUUUUAUAUAUAAAACGUAAUAUAUAUAUAUAUAUAUAGAGAGAGAGAGAGAGAUUUUUUUAUUAUUCUCUGUAUGCUUUCUUGGAGUUCACUAUGUUACUGUAUUUGUCCCUCUCUCCAGCCCUUCUGGCCCAUGGGCACUGGUAUAGCCCGGGGUUUCCUGGCAGCCAUGGACUCAGGCUGGAUGGUGAAGAGCUGGGCGCAGGGAAACACAUCUCUGGACGUGCUGGCUGAGAGGUGAGGGAGUGGACACGUCAUAACACACACAUUAUACUCCCACGUCAUACUUGCACGCACACACAUACUGUACACACACAAUCCACAUGCUCACAGUCGCAUACAUGCGCGCGCACACACACACACACACAUACUUUUGAAAGCCUAACACUGUAAGAUCGUAUUUUAUAACUUAGCUAGCCAUGUUGGCAAUAUAAUGACCUUUCAAAUAAUGCCUCUCUCUCUCUGCCUUGCGCUCUCCCCCCCCCCCCCCCCCCCCGCUCUAUGUGUGUGUGUGUAUAUAUAUAUAUAUAUAUAUAUAUAUGUAUGUAUGUAUGUAUGUAUGUAUGUAUGUAUGUAUGUAUGUAUGUAUGUAUGUAUGUAUGUAUGUAUGUAUGUUAUGUAUGUAUGUAUGUAUGUAUGUAUGUAUGUAUGUAUGUAUGUAUGUAUGUAUGUAUGUAUGUAUAUGUAUGUAUGUAUGUAUGUAUGUAUGUAUGUAUGUAUGUAGUAUGUAUGUAUGUAUGUUAUGUAUGUAUGUAUGUAUGUAUGUAUGUAUGUAUGUAUGUAUGUAUGUAUGUAUGUAUGUAUGUAUGUAUGUAUGUAUGUAUGUAUGUAUGUAUGUCAUGUACUGUUGUAUGUAUGUAUAUGUAUGUAAAUGUAUGGUAUGUUAUUAUGUAUGUAUGGUAUGUAUUGUAUGAAAUCUCACUCACACACACUCCGUUAUCUCUUGAGUUCUCUCUAUCUCUCAUAUAUAUAUCUAAUAUAUAUAUAUAUAUAUAUAUAUAUCUAUAUAUAUUAUAUAUAUAUAUAUACAGUGGGGAGAACAAGUAUUUGAUACACUGCCGAUUUUGCAGGUUUUCCUACUUACAAAGCAUGUAGAGGUCUGUAAUUUUUAUCAUAGGUACACUUCAACUGUGAGAGACGGAAUCUAAAACAAAAAUCCAGAAAAUCACAUUGUAUGAUUUUAAGUAAUUCAUUUGCAUUUUAUUGCAUGACAUAAGUAUUUGAUCACCUACCAACCAGUUAGAAUUCCGACUCUCACAGACCUGGUUAGUUUUUCUUUAAGAAGCCCUCCUGUUCUCCACUCAUUACCUGUAUUAACUGCACCUGUUUGAACUCGUUACCUGUAUAAAAGACACCUGUCCACACACUCAAUCAAACAGACUCCAACCUCUCCACAAUGGCCAAGACCUGAGAGCUGUGUAAGGACAUCAGGGAUAACAUUGUAGACCUGCACAAGGCUGGGAUGGGCUACAGGACAAUAGGCAAGCAGCUUGGUGAGAAGGCAACAACUGUUGGCGCAAUUAUUAGAAAAUGGAAGAAGUUCAAGAUGACGGUCAAUCACCCUCGGUCUGGGGCUCCAUGCAAGAUCUCACCUCGUGGGGCAUCAAUGAUCAUGAGGAAGAUGAGGGAUCAGCCCAGAACUACACGGCAGGACCUGGUCAAUGACCUGAAGAGAGCUGGGACUACAGUCUCAAAGAAAACCAUUAGUAACACACUACGCCGUCAUGGAUUAAAAUCCUGCAGCGCACGCAAGGUCCCCCUGCUCAAGCCAGCACAUGUCCAGGCCCGUCUGAAGUUUGCCAAUGACCAUCUGGAUGAUCCAGAGGAGGAAUGGGAGAAGGUCAUGUGGUCUGAUGAGACAAAAAUAGAGCUUUUUGGUCUAAACUCCACUCGCCGUGUUUGGAGGAAGAAGAAGGAUGAGUACAACCCCAAGAACACCAUCCCAACCGUGAAGCAUGGAGGUGGAAACAUCAUUCUUUGGGGAUGCUUUUCUGCAAAGGGGACAGGACGACUGCACCGUAUUGAGGGGAGGAUGGAUGGGGCCAUGUAUCGUGAGAUCUUGGCCAACAACCUCCUUCCCUCAGUAAGAGCAUUGAAGAUGGGUCGUGGCUGGGUCUUCCAGCAUGACAACGACCCGAAACACACAGCCAGGGCAACUAAGGAGUGGCUCCAUAAGAAGCAUCUCAAGGUCCUGGAGUGGCCUAGCCAGUCUCCAGACCUGAACCAAAUAGAAAAUCUUUGGAGGGAACUGAAAGUCCAUAUUGCCCAGCGACAGCCCCGAAACCUGAAGGAUCUGGAGAAGAUCUGUAUGGAGGAGUGGGCCAAAAUCCCUGCUGCAGUGUGUGCAAACCUGGUCAAGACCUACAGGAAACGUAUGAUCUCUGUAAUUGCAAACAAAGGUUUCUGUACCAAAUAUUAAGUUCUGCUUUUCUGAUGUAUCAAAUACUUAUGUCAUGUAAUAAAAUGAAAAUUAAUUACUUAAAAAUCAUACGAUGUGAUUUUCUGGAUUUUUGUUUUAGAUUCCGUCUCUCGCAGUUGAAGUGUACCUAUGAUAAAAAUUACAGACCUCUACAUGCUUUGUAAGUAGGAAAACCUGCAAAAUCAGCAGUGUAUCAAAUACUUGUUCUCCCCACUGUAUAUAUACAUACAGUGGGGAGAACAAGUAUUUGAUACACUGCCGAUUUUGCAGGUUUUCCUGCUUACAAAGCAUGUAGAGGUCUGUAAUUUUUAUCAUAGGUACACUUCAACUGUGAGAGACGGAAUCUAAAACAAAAAUCCAGAAAAUCACAUUGUAUGAUUUUUAAGUUAUUAAUUUGCAUUUUAUUGCGUGAUAUAAGUAUUUGAUACAUCAGAAAAGCAGAACUUAAUAUUUGGUACAGAAACCUUUGUUUGCAAUUACAGAGAUCAUACGUUUCCUGUAAGUCUUGACCAGGUUUGCACACACUGCAGCAGGGAUUUUGGCCCACUCCUCCAAACAGACCUUCUCCAGAUCCUUCAGGUUUCGGGGCUGUCGCUGGGCAAUACGGACUUUCAGCUCCCUCCAAAGAUUUUCUAUUGGGUUCAGGUCUGGAGACUGGCUAGGCCACUCCAGGACCUUGAGAUGCUUCUUACGGAGCCACUCCUUAGUUGCCCUGGCUGUGUGUUUCAGGUCGUUGUCAUGCUGGAAGACCCAGCCACGACCCAUCUUCAAUGCCCUUACUGAGGGAAGGAGGUUAUUGGCCAAGAUCUCGCGAUACAUGGCCCCAUCCAUCCUCCCCUCAAUACGGUGCAGUCGUCCUGUCCCCUUUGCAGAAAAGCAUCCCCAAAGAAUGAUGUUUCCACUUCCAUGCUUCACGGUUGGGAUGGUGUUCUUGGGGUUGUACUCAUCCUUCUUCUUCCUCCAAACACGGCGAGUGGAGUUUAGACCAAAAAGCUCUAUUUUUGUCUCAUCAGACCACAUGACCUUCUCCCAUUCCUCCUCUGGAUCAUCCAGAUGGUCAUUGGCAAACUUCAGACGGGCCUGGACAUGCGCUGGCUUGAGCAGGGGGACCUUGCGUGCGCUGCAGGAUUUUAAUCCAUGACGGCGUAGUGUGUUACUAAUGGUUUUCUUUGAGACUGUGGUCCCAGCUCUCUUCAGGUCAUUGACCAGGUCCUGACGUGUAUUUCUGGGCUGAUCCCUCACCUUCCUCAUGAUCAUUGAUGCCCCACAAGGUGAGAUCUUGCAUGGAGCCCCAGACUGAGGGUGAUUGACCGUCAUCUUGAACUUCUUCCAUUUUCUAAUAAUUGCGCCAACAGUUGAUACCUUCUCACCAAGCUGCUUGCCUAUUGUCCUGUAGCCCAUCCCAGCCUUGUGCAGGUCUACAAUUUUAUCACUGAUGUCCUUACACAGCUCUCUGGUCUUGGCCAUUGUGGAGAGGUUGGAGUCUGUUUGAUUGAGUGUGUGGACAGGUGUCUUUUAUACAGGUAACGAGUUCAAACAGUUGCAGUUAAUACAGGUAAUGAGUGGAGAACAGGAGGGCUUCUUAAAGAAAAACUAACAGGUCUGUGAGAGCUGGAAUUCUUACUGGUUGGUACGUGAUCAAAUACUUAUGUCAUGCAAUAAAAUGCAAAUUCAUUACUUAAAAAUCAUACAGUGUGAUUUUCUGGAUUUUUGUUUUAGAUUCCGUCUCUCACAGUUGAAGUGUACCUAUGAUAAAAAUUACAGACCUCUACAUGCUUUGUAAGUAGGAAAACCUGCAAAAUCGGCAGUGUAUCAAAUACUUGUUCUCCCCACUGUGUGUGUGUGUGUGUGUGUGUGUAUAUAUAUAUAUAUAUAUAUAUAUAUAUAUAUAUAUAUAUAUAUAUAUAUAGAUAGAUAGAUAGAUAGAUAGAUAGAUAGAUAGAUAGAUAUAUAAUCUCACUCACACGCCGUUAUCUCUGAGUGCUCUACCAGGAAAAGCGUCUGCAUUAGGCUCCAGUGUCAGCCCCUUCUCUAUUAAUGUACAACUAAUAGGAUAAGUGCCUCUGGAGCUCUGAAUGGAAUGUGUUGAAUCCUCUGUUCUUCUCUCAUGUGCCUUCUAUAAUUCAGUUACCAUGGUUUCCUCCUCUUUUUUUUAGGGAGAGCAUAUAUCGCUUGCUGCCUCAGACAACGCCAGAGAACAUCAAUAAGAAUUUCAGUCACUACAGUGUGGACCCCACCACGCGCUACCCUAAUAUUAGCCUCCACUUCCUUAGGCCCAACCAGGUAGUGUACACACUGAGAACAUAUGACUGUAUGACUGUGAUUGGAGCAUGGUGUACUACAGUACCCAUAUAUAUAUAUAUUUUUUGUUCUUAUUUAUUUUUUAGUCAUUUAGCAGACGCUCUUAUCCAGAGCAACUUACAGGAGCAAUUUGGGUUAAGUGCCUUGCUCAAGGGCACAUCGACAGAUUUUUCACCUAGUCGGCUCGGGGAUUAGAACCAGCGACCUUUCGGUUACUGGCACAACGCUCUUAACGACUAAGCUAUCUGUGCAUGAUAUCCCAUUUGAGGUGGGCCAGGAGUUUGUCCUGACCACCUGACCUGACCAGUGAUACUCUGGCCUAGGCUAUAACUAAGAACCAGAGUUUUUUCCGGUUCAGAUACGUGACCAGGUAAAAACUCCUGGCCCUAGCUUUGACCUAUGGAAGAUGUCCUAUGUGAAAUGCUAAUGUUAUGUUGGUUCCCCCCCCCACUCUGUUGUUGUCAGGUACGACACCUCAUUGACACAGGGGAUUCAAGCAGGGAAAUGCUUAUCGAAAUGGAGAAUGUAGUCAACUCGUCAACACCCAAGCUCACCCGAAAUGGUGAGUAGUGUUUACAUGAAUGUUCUUGUAUUCAUGUGUCCCCUGAUUAAUUAAGUUAUAAUAUUUUUUUCUGAGCAAAUGUAUUCAGUUAUUUAGUUAAGUUCAUUUUAUACAAUUUUCAUGAAUGUCUGCUUUUUAAAGAGUCUUGUUUUUGGGACCUGGUCUUUAUUAAAAUCACCGAAAUGUAACAAUGAAUUGCUUUCACCCUAGACCAUUACCUGCUUGAGAAGCAUUUAUUUUAUUUAUUUUUUCACCUUUAUUUAACCAGGUAAGCCAGUUGAGAACAAGUUCUCAUUUACAACUGCGACCUGGCCAAGAUAAAGCAAAGCAGUGCGGAAAAAACAACAACAACACAGAGUUACAUAUGGAAUAAACAAAACGUACAGUCAAUAACACAAUAGAAAAUCUAUAUACAGUGUGUGCAAAUGUAGUAAGUUAUGGAGGUAAGGCAAUAAAUAGGCCAUAGUGCAAAAUAAUUAAAAUUAUAAUUUAGUGUUAACACUGGAGUGAUAGAUGUGCAGAAGAUGAUGUGCAAAUAGAGAUACUGGGGUGCAAAUGAGCAAAAUAUAUAACAAUGUAAAUAACAAUAUGGAGAUGAGGUAGUUGGGUGGGCUAAUUACAGAUGGGCUGUGUACAGGUGCAGUGAUCGGUAAGCUGCACUGCAAGGUAACAUCAUGAAUGACUGAAGUCCAAAUGCAUGGUGUUUAUCUGAAGGUUCCUUCCUAAUAGUCCUUAACCGUAGAAACAAGCAACUGACAAUGACCAUCAUGUGUGACUUGGGAAUGGUGCUAUGUGGAUGGACUCAUUUUAUAUGAUUUAUUUUCACUAACCUGGUCAUUAAUGGGAUGGUGGAAUGUCACUGGCAUCGUCCAUAAGGUUAAAAAGGUCAUUUCUAACUAUUUGAAAUGUUUCUGGGAGUGUGACAUUCCCCUACCUCUCAUAGGCUUUUCCUUCACCUCUAUGACUUGACAAUAAAAUGUAGGAUAGUCUGACAGUGACAAAACCAAAACUGGUCUAAAAAUCCACUAUUCACUGACUAUGUGCUCUUCCCCUCCCAGAAUCCAUAGCUCGCUCCAGCAAGCUGCUAAACUGGUGUCAGAGGCAGACGGAGGGCUACAGAAAAGUCAGUGUGACCGAUCUCACCAUGUCCUGGAAGAGUGGCAUGGCCCUGUGUGCCCUCAUCCACCGUUACAGACCUGACCUCAUGUGAGUCACAUAUACAUAUCUGGAUGUUGUAUUUCUGACCCUAUUUUGCCUGUAGAAAUGCUUACAGUGGAACUAUACUAUCAUAAGCAUAGGAAUGAAGUAGGACCUGCAAACACGAUUGCUCCAUCACAUACCAUUGAUUACAGUGGAUCUUCAUCUGGUCCUUACAUACUCUCAUUAUCAUGUCCCUUAUGUCCCUUACUGUCAGUGAUGAAGGGGUUAACCCCUUAGACUCAUGGAAAUGUGCCUAUAUGGAUAGGGACAAAUUGAAGAACUAUAAAAAGUAUAUGCAUGACUAUGGUAGCAAUUGAAAGAGAACACUUUGGAGAUUAUGGGGUAAUUAUUAGACCAAAGGUUAGGGCACAACAGUUCACCUGACACAAGACUGAAUCCAAACCAUUACACUGUUGAUUUUAUGUGCAUUUUACAUUUACUGUCCUUUUACAGCAUUUGUCAAUAGCGAAAUCUGAAAAUACUCUGGACACAUUCAGUAACGUAAGAAUAUUCAUUGAUUUUGGAGUAGGUGCAAGAUAUAAAAAACGAUUACAAGGGUUUGAGUGAGAGGUCUAACUGGUGUCUCCAAGUGGCGCCACACCUCUCCAAACUGUGUACAGUUCCUAAGUCAUUUCAAUGCACUCAAGGAAAGAGCCUUCAACUGUAAGGUUAAUUAUGAUAAUUUUUUGCUCUCCUAGCUUUGCCAUUGAGGAACUGAAGCAAGCACUCUUGUAGUUUUUUGUUUGGAACACAGCCCUGUGUAAACAACACCAUCCCACAAUUACUGUUGUUUACACAAUCCAAAAACAUUCCAUUAUAAAUCACAAUCUGGGUCAGGUGGGCAUUAUUUGAAAGCUUAUUAUAUUGCCAACAUGGCUAGCUAAGUUAUAAAAUACGAUCUUACAGUGUUAGGCUCUUCAGACAAACAGAUUGUAAUUUUGGUGCGCAUAGAAUGGAGUCAUGAGUGCAUUCAAGUGCGUGUUCCUCGUCUAAUCUUCUUCACAAUACGACAAACAUUCUGUAAAGGACAACCCAGGGUAUAACGCAUGUCAACCUUGUAACUGUGGAUCAAACAUAGUGAUUAUAAAUGUUGAUAAUGUAAAUACUGAUAGUUCAAUGGCGCCGGAGAAGAUGGCUGCCGUUUUACAGCCCUCUAACCAAUUGUACUAUUAUGUGUGUUUUUUCACGUUAUUUGUAAUUUAUUGUGUACAUAAUGUAAAUAAAGCGAGUAAACUACCUCUUCCAUCAAUUCUAUUAGCCAAUGUUCAAUCAUUUGAAAACAAAUUGGAUGACCUAAGACUAAGGUUAUCCUACCAAUGGGACAUUAAAAACUGUAACAUCUUAUGUUUCACUGAGUCGUGGCUGAACGACAACAUGGAUAACAUACAUCUAGCGGUCUAUACGCUACAUCAGCAUGAUAGAACGGUUGACUCCGGUAAGACAAGGGGUGGCAGUCUGUUUAUAUUUAUAAACAACAGCUGGUGCACAAAAUCUAAUACUAAGGAAGUCUCAAGGUUUUUCUCGCCUGAGGUAGAGUAUCUCAUGAUAAGCUGUAGACCACACUAUUUACCAAGAGAGUUUAUCUAUAUUUAUUGUAGCUGUCUAUCUACCACCACAAACCGAUUCUGGCACUAAGAUUGCACUCAAUGAGCUGUAUAAGGCCAUAAGCAAACAGGAAAACGCUCAUCCAGAGGCAGCCGGGGACUUUAAUGCAGGGAAACUUAAAUCCGUUCUACCUAAUUUCUAUCAGCAUUUUAAAUGUACUUCCCAGUGACACAAGCCUACCAGACGAGCUAAAUCACUUCUAUGCUCGCUUCGAGGCAAGCAACACUGAAGCAUGCAUGAGAGCACCAGCUGUUCCGCAUGACUAUGUGAUCACGCUCUCCAUAGCCGAUGUGAGUAAGACUUUUAAGCAGGUCAACAUUCACAAGGCCGCAGGGCCAGACGGAUUACCAGGACGUGUACUCCGAGCAUGUGCUGACCAACUGGCGAGUGUCUUCACUGACAUUUUCAACAUGUCCCUGACUGAGUCUGUAAUACCAACAUGUUUCAAGCAGACCAGCAUAGUCCCUGUGCACAAGGACACUAAGAUAACCUGCCUAAAUGACUACCGACCUGUAGCACUCAUGUCUGUAGCCAUGAAGUGCUUUGAAAGGCUGGUCAUGGCUCACAUCAACACCAUUAUCCCGAAACCCUAGACCCACUCCAAUUUGCAUACCGCUCCAACAGAUCCACAGAUGAUGCCAUCUCUAUUGCACUCCACACUGCCCUUUCCCAUCUGGACAAGAGGAACACCUACAGUGAGGGGAAAAAAGUAUUUGAUCCCCUGCUGAUUUUGUACGUUUGUCCACUGACAAAGACAUGAUCAGUCUAUAAUUUUAAUGGUAGGUUUAUUUGAACAGUGAGAGCUUCAGGUUCCUUGGUGUCCACAUCACCAACAAACGAUCAUGGUCCAAACACACUAAGACCGUCGUGAAGAGGGCACGACAAAACCUAUUCCCCCUCAGGAGACUGAAAAGAUUUGGCAUGGGUCCUCAGAUCCUCAAAAAGUUCUACAGCUGCAUCACCGCCUGGUAUGGCAACUGCUCGGCCUCUGACCGCAAGGCACUACAGAGGGUAAUGCGUACAUCCCAGUACAUCACUGGGGCCAAGCUUCCUGCCAUACAGGACCUCUAUACCAGGCGGUGUCAGAGGAAGGCCCUACAAAUUGUCAAAGACUCAACCCACCCUAGUUAUAGACUGCUCUCUCUGCUACCGCACGGCAAGUGGUACCGGAGCGCCAAGUCUAGGUCCAAAAGGCUUCUCAACAGCUUCUUCCCCCAAGCCAUAAGACUCCUGAACAGCUAAUCAUGGCUACCCAGACUAUUUGCACUGCCCCCCACCCCAUCCCCCUCUUUUAUGCUGCUGCUACUCUGUUUACUAUUUAUGCAUAGUCACGUUAACUCUACCCACAUGUACAUAUGACCUCAAUUACCUCGACUAGCCGGUGCCCCCGCACAUUGACUCUGUACCGGUACCCCCUGUAUAUAGUCUCCCUACUGUUAUUUUAUUUUACUGCUGCUCUUUAGCUAUUUGCCUUUAUUUUGUAUUUUUCUUUAAUUAACAUUAACAAUCUAUUUUAAAUUUUUCUUUUAAUAAACGGUAUUGUUGGUUAAGGGCUUGUAAGUAAGCAUUUCACAGUAAUGUCUACACCUGCUGUAUUCGGCGCAUGUGGCAAAUACAUUUUGAUUUGAUUUGACAUGAGUUUUAAAAUAUGGAAAUGUGAAGUGCACAUUUUGACUCAUUUGUGUUUGGUUUGCUUGUAUGACAUCAAAGCGGUAUUUAUUAUAAUCCUCAUUGUCUCAUCUUUCAGAACACAUACAGUUGCUUGCGAAAGUAUUCACCCCCCCUUGGUAUUUUUCCUAUUUUGUUGCCUUACAACCUGUUUUUUUUGGCAGUUUGUAACAUUUGAUUUACUCAACAUGCCUACCACUUUGAAGAUGCAAAAUAUUUUUUGUGGUGUAACAAACAAGAAACAAGACAAAAAAACUGAACUUCAGCGUGCAUAACUAUUCACCCCCCCAAAGUCAAUACUUUGUAGAUCCAUCUUUUGCAGCAAUUACCGCUGCAAGUCUCUUGGGGUAUGUCUCUAUAAGCUUGGCACAUCUAGCCACUGGGAUUGUUGCCCAUUCUUCAAGGCAAAACUGCUCCAGGUUCUUCAAGUUGGAUGGGUUCCGCUGGUGUACAGCAAUCUUUAAGUCAUACCACAGAUUCUCAAUUGGAUUGAGGUCUGGACUUUGACUAGGCCAUUCCAAGACAUUUAAAUGUUUCCCCUUAAACCACUCGAGUGUUGCUUUAGCAGUAUGCUUAGGGUCAUUGUCCUGCUGGAAGGUGAACCUCUGUCCUAGUCUCAAAUCUCUGGAAGACAAACAGGUUUCCCUCAAGAAUUUCCCUGUAUUUAGCUCCAUCCAUCAUUCCGUCAAUUCUGACCAGUUUCCCAGUCCCUGUCGAUGAAAAACAUCCCCACAUCAUGAUGCUGCCACCACCAUGCUUCACUGUGGGGAUGGUGUUCUCGGGGUGAUGAGAGGUGUUGGGUUUGCGCCAGACAUAGCGUUUUCCUUAAUGACCAAAAAGCUCAAUUUAGUCUCUUCUGACCAGAGUAUCUUCUAUAUGUUUGGGGAGUCUCCCACAUGCCUUUUGGCGAACACCAAACGUGUUUUUUUUUUUUUUUUCUUUAAGCAAUGGCUUUUUUCUGGCCACUCUUCCGUAAAGCCCAGCUCUGUGGAGUGUACGGCUUAAAGUGGUCCUAUGGACAGAUAGUCCAUUCUCCACUGUGGAGCUUUGCAGCUCCUUCAGGGUUAUCUUUGGUCUCUUUGUUGCCUCUGAUUAAUGCCCUCCUUGCCUGGUCCGUGAGUUUGGGUGGGCGGCCCUCUCUUGGCAGGUUUGUUGUGGUGCCAUAUUCUUUCCAUUUUUUUAUAAUGUAUUUAAUGGUGCUCCGUGGGAUGUUCAAAGUUUCGGAUAUUUUUUUAUAACCCAACCCAGAUCUGUACUUCUACACAACUUUGUCCCUGACCUGUUUGGAGAGCCCCUUGGUCUUCAUGGUGCUGCUUGCAUGGUGGUGCCCCUUGCUUAGUGGUGUUGCAGACUCUGGGGCCUUUCAGAACAGGUGUACAUAUGCUGAGAUCAGCUGACACUUAGAUUGCACACAGGUGGACUUUAUUUAACUAAUUAUGUGACUUCUGAAGGUAAUUGUUUGCCCAGAUCUUAUUUAGGGGCUUCAUAGCAAAGGGGGUGAAUACAUAUGCACACACCACUUUUCAGAUAUUUCUUUCUUUGACUUUUAUGAAAUAAGUUAUUUUUUCAUUACACUUCACCAAUUUGGACUAUUGGUGUAACUUUUGUAAUAAUAAUAAUAAUAUGCCAUUUAGCAGACACUUUUAUCCAAAGCGACUUACAGUCAUGCGUGCAUACAUUUUUACGUAUGGGUGGUCCCGGGGAUCGAACCCACUACCCUGGUGUUACAAGCGCCAUGCUCUACCAAUUGAGCUAUAAAGGACCCUUUUGUGUAUGUCCAUUACAUGAAAUUAAAAUAAAAUCCAUUUAAAUUACAGGUUGUAAUGCAACAAAAUAAGAAAAACGCCAAGGGGGAUGAAUACUUUUGCAAGGCACUGUAGACUCCACUGAAUGUACAGCAUUUCCCCCACUCAGACAAUAACAAAUGUGCCAAAGUAGCCCAAUUAGCUGGAGGGAUGGGGGCAUCUUCUUGUCACGCGCAGUGCUCAAGUUUAUAACGUCAGUCAGUCAAAACCUAGACAGGGUUGUGAAGAGGAGAACCUUAGCUCUGACGUCAUUUAUAUUAUUUUACUGUACAGCCACUGCGUUCCAAUUUAGGCGCUUAUCACUGACAAAAUCUGCCAAUUUUAGCACGUAUACGGGAUAACAGGAAAGGGUUAAAACUGUCAUGGUUUGCUGUGUUUACGACUUUGUUUAUUAGUAGCUUGUGUUAUUUAUCACCAGGCCUUGGUUCAGGACUGUAUAUCAUACUAAAUGAUGUGACAGCUCAUAGUCAAGCUGCCUGUUGAGUCAGGGAAAAGGGUGUACACACACACACACACACACACACACACACACACAGCAGAGACUGACACAUUGCCUAACGAGGGGAGAGAUGGGGUCGUUACCUUCUGCUGGCUACACAGCGAUUAGCAUUAUAGCUCAUUUAUCUUCUGACUGACCUUACCCAAGUGGUUGUUCUCUGCUCUGCUGGCUUUCAUAGUCCAGAUGAUUGUGUGAGGAUGAUAGGGGGCUGCAUGGAUGGGAAAUAUGCACUCACAAUCACUCACACAGCUGUGAUUGGUUCCCACUUCCCAUCGCUAAUGCUGCAACACCUUCAUCUACACUGAAUGAAGUGGAUUUAAUAAGGGAUCAUAGACUGACCAGGAGAAACCUAUGUCAUGGAAAGAGCAGCUGUUCCUAACGUUUUGUACACUCUGUGUAUAAAGAUUAUACAACCUCAGCAUCCACUCCAUUUGAACCUGCUUAGUGUGUUUGUCAUGUUUAUUGGGGGAAGUCAAGUGAUGUUUAUAUUCACAGUGCUAAUGGUUGUGUUGACUCCCAUUUUGACUCCAGGUAUUUUCCUGACUCUCUCUGCCCCACAGUGACUUUGACUCCCUGGACGAGCGGGACCAGCAGAAGAACAAUCAGCUGGGCUUUGACGUGGCCGAGAGGGAGUUUGGCAUCUCGCCUUGCAUGACGGGCAAGGAGAUGUCCCAGGUGUCAGAGCCUGACAAGCUCUCCAUGGUCAUGUACCUCAGCCAGUUCUACGAGAUGUUCAAGGACACAGUGCCCCCUGGGGCCGGAGGUGAGUACUGUAUUUGGCUGGUUUUGUAACUUUGUUUUUUGGGUUGAAGGUUGAAUGAAAUGUUAUACACACUGACUAAUGGGUCAUGGCUCCAUAGCAGAUGUUAGUAAGACCUUUAAACACUUUAACAUUCACAAGGCCGGAUUUCCAGGACACAAACAGUUGAAGUCGGAAGUAUACAUACACCUUAGCCAAAUACAUUUAAACUCAGUUUUUCUCAAUUCCUGACAUUUAAUCCUAGUAGAAAUUCCCUGUCUUAGGUCAGUUAGGAUCACCAAUUUAUUUUAAGAAUGUGAAAUAUCCGAAUAAUAGUAGAGAGAAUUAUUUAUUUCAGCUUUUAUUUCUUUCAUCACAUUCCCAGUGGGUCAUAAGUUUACAUACACUCAAUUAGUAUUCAGUAGCAUUGCCUUUAAAUUGUUUAACUUGGGUCAACCGUGUCGGGUAGCCUUCCACAAGUUUCCCACAAUAAGUUGGGAGAAUUUUGGCCCAUUCCUCCUGACAGAGCUGGUGUAACUGAGUCAAGUUUGUAGGCCACCUUGCUCGCACACGAUUUUCAGUUCUGCCCACACAUUUUCUAUAGGAUUGAGGUCAGGGCUUUGUGAUGGCCACUCCAAUACCUUGACUUUGUUGUCCUUAAGCCAUUUUGCCACAACUUUGGAAGUAUGCUUGGGGUCAUUGUCCAUUUGGAAGACCCAUUUGAGACCAAGCUUUAACUUCCUGACUGAUGUCUUGAGAUGUUGCUUCAAUAUAUCCACAUAAUUUUCCUUCCUCAUGAUGCCAUCUAUUUUGUGAAGUGCACCAGUCCCUACUGCAGCAAAGCACCCCCACAGCAUGAUGCUGCCACCCCCGUGCUUCACGGUUGGGAUGGUGUUCUUCGGCUUGCAAGCAACCCCCUUUUUCCUCCAAAUAUAACGAUGGUCAUUAUGGCCAAACAGUUUUAUUUUUGUUUCAUUAGACCAGAGGACGUUUCUCCAAAAAGUACAAUAUUUUUCCCCAUGUGCAGUUGCAAACCGUAGUCUGGCUUUUUUAUGGCAGUUUUGGAGCAGUGGCUUCUUCCUUGCUGAGCUGCCUUUCAGGUUAUGUCGAUAUAGGACUCAUUUUACUGUGAUAUAGAUACUUUUGUACCCGUUUCCUCCGGCAUCUUCACAAGGUCCUUUGCUGUUGUUCUGGGAUUGAUUCGCACUUUUUGUACCAAAGUACAUUCAUCUCUAGGAGACCGAACGCGUCUCCUUCCUGAGCGGUAUGACGGCUGCGUGGUCCCAUGGUGUUUAUACUUGCGUACUAUUGUUUGUACAGAUGAACGUGGUACCUUCAGGCGUGUGGAAAUUGCUCCCAAGGAUGAACCAGACUUGUGGAGGUCUACAAUUUUUUUCUGAGGUCUUGGCUUAUUUCUUUUGAUUUUCCCAUGAUGUCAAGCAAAGAGGCACUGAGUUUGAAGGUAGGCCUUGACAUACAUCCACAGGUACACCUCCAAUUGACUCAAAUGAUGUCAAUUAGCCUAUCAGAAGGUUCUAAAGCCAUGACAUCAUUUUCUGGAAUUUUCCAAGCUGUUUAAAGGCACAGUCAACUUAGUGUAUGUAAACUUCUGACCCACUGGAAUUGUGAUACAGUGAAUUAUAAGUGAAAUAAUCUAUUUGUAAACAAUUGUUAGAAAAAUGACUUGUGUCGUGCACUAAGUAGAAGUCCUAACCGACAUCUACUAUAGUUUGUUAACAAUAAAUUUGUGAAAUGGUUGAAAAACAAAGUUUUAAUGACUCCAACCUAAGUGUAUGUAAACUUCCGACAUCAACUGUACUCGGAGCAUGCGCUGACCAGCUGGCAAGUGUCUUCACUGACAUUUUCAACCUCUCCCUGACCCAGUCUGUAGCAGACCACCAUAGUCCCUGUGCCCAAGAAGGUAACCUGUCUAAAUGACUAUCGCCCCGUAGCACUCACAUCUGUAGCCAUGAAAUGCUUUGAAAGGCUGAUCAGUGGUCAUGGCUCACAUCAACACCAUCAUCCCAGACACCCUGGACCCACUCAAAUUCGCAUACCGCCCCAACAGAUCCACAGAUGACGCAAUCUAUAUUGUACUCCACACUGCCCUUUCUCACCUAGACAAAAGGAACACCUACGUGUGAAUGCUGUUCAUUGACUACAGCUCAGCGUUCAACACUAUAGUGCCCUCGAAGCUCAUCGCUAAGGUCUCUGGGACUAAACACCUCCCUCUGCAGCUGGGUCCUGGACUUCCUGACGGGCCGCCCCCAGGUGGUAAGGGUAGGCAACAACACAUCGGCCACGCUGACCCUCAACAUGGGUGCCCCUCAGGGGUGCGUGCUUAGUCCCCCCCCCCGUACACCCUGCUCACCCAUGACCGCGCACGACCCCAACACCAUCAUUAAGUUUGCUGAUGACGCGAAAGUGGUAGGCCUGAUCACCAACGACGAUGAGACAGCCUAUAGGGAGGAGGUCAGAGACCUGGCAGUGUGGCGCCAGGACAACAACCUCUCCCUCAACAUCAGUAAGACCAAGGAGCUGAUCGUGGACUACAGGAAACGGAGGGCCGAGCACGCCCCCAUUCACAUCGACAGGGCUGUAGUGGAGCCGGUCAAGAGCUUCAAGUUCCUAGGUGUCCACAUCACUAAGGAUCCAUCAUGGUCCAAACACACCAACACAGUCGUGAAAAAUAUUUUGCUUCGGCCCUAAGAUUCUCAAAAAGCUCUACAGCUGCACCAUCGAGAGCUUCUUGACUGGCUGCAUCACCGUUUGUUAUGGCAACUGCUUGUUAUCCGACCUCAAGGCGCUGCAGAGGGUAGUGAUGUACUGGGCCGAGCUUCCUACCAUCCAGGACCUCUAAACCAGGCGGUGUCAGAGGAAGGCCCAAAAAAUCGUCAACUACUCCAGCCACCCAAGCCACAGACUGUUCUCUCUGCUACCACACGGCAAGCGGUACCAAUGUACCAAGUCUGGAACCAACAGCUUCUACCCCCAAGCCACACUGGACUCUACCCACACACUCACAUACUUACACUGAAACCCCAACACACACACUACGUGCGCCCACACACACGGGUCCCAUGUGGCUCAGUUGGUAGAGCAUGGAGCUUGCAAAGCCAGAGUUGUGGAUUUGAUUCCCACAGGGGACCAGUUCGAAAAAGUAUGAAAAAUGUAUGCGCUCACUAUUGUAAGUUGCUCUUGACGUAAAUUUACAAAAAUAUAACGCAACAUGCACACACAUGCAUAAACAUUUUCUGCUCCCUAUAUAUAGCUUUGUUAUUUUUACUCUUUAUUUUUAUUAGUUAUUCACUGUCACUGUUUCUAUUUUUUUUCGAAAAUGUUGUAUCUUAUCUUUAACUCUGCAUUGUUGGAAAAGGAUAGGUAAGUAAGCAUUUUACUCUUAGUCUACACCUGUUGUCUAUGGAGCAUGUGACAAAAACAUUUUUAUUUUUAUUUGAUGUUCAUUAGGCACCAAACUGACUGAAACGAGGAGGGUCCUACCUGAACUUGUCCAAUGAGAAAUGCUCGUUAAAAUGUUCCAUUGCAAAACAUUUUGCUAUAGUGUACCCUAUUGAAUGCAACCCUGGUGUGUACGGCCUUACAUUCUCUAUCUGUUACAUUUUCAGGGGACCAGAACAUGAGCCCUGAGGAGAAGGCUGCGUUGAUCAACAGUACUAAGUCCCCCAUCUCCUUCCUAAGCAAGCUAGGCCAGAGCAUCUCUAUCUCACGGAAGCGUAACCCCAAGGUCAGGACUCAAUCAAUCAAUCAAAUUAAUUUUAUAAAGCCCUUUUUAAAUCAGCAGUAGGAAAAGCACAGUGGCCAGGACUCAUGGCCCAAUACAUCGCUGUCAGCAGUCUCAUUCCCUUUAACACAGAUUACUGUGUUUACGUCAUGUUUUAAUGCUACUGUAUGAGUCAAUAGAUGUCUGCCUGAAAUAACCAGUGACAACAUGUGAUUAUGUGAUCAACAGGACAAAAAGGAGAAGGAUGUGGAUGGUUUGGGGAAGAGGAGGAAGACCAGCCAAGCUGGCCACUCUGAAGACGUGAGUAAAACGUUCAAGGGUUCAAACUCAGACGCUGAAUUCCUCUUCGGAGCUUUGCAAAACUCAGAGAAACUAUUAGGUAAACCUCAUUCUCUGACUGGUCUCUUCCUGUCCAUGUGUUUGUAACAGGAAGAGGUUUUGAGGGGUAACUGUGACGACCGGCCAUCUAACAGUACUGCUCUGACAGAAAGGAAGAUGAAGGAAGAGUCAGCGGCUGUAGGGAACCACAACAAAGUCAAGUCCAUGGCCACCCAGCUCCUCGCCAAGUUUGAGGAGAACGCCCCCGCCGAAUCCAAGGGCCUCAAAAGACAGGUAUGAAGAGACUCAUAUGUGUCUGGUGGGUGUAAGGAGUAGUCUUGCUUGCCUGGAUGUGGGAAGAGACGACAGUAAACUGUUUUAAAAAUGAGAACUGUUGCUUGGGACUUAGCUUUCCUGGAUGAUAGAUCACAUGACAGCUCUGUUUGCACACAGUGUUUUGUUUGUCAAACAGUAAAUAUGCAGAUCUAUUUCAUCUCACGGCAUCUAACAUGACUAAUAGUCUUGUGAUGCUGAGUGUGUAGGAGCACUGUACUACUGUAUUAUUGUGUUGAACGCCAGGGCCUGUAUAAAUAAAACUUCUCAGGGUAGGAGUGCUGAUCUAGAAUCAGUUUUCCCUUUUAGAUCAUAAUGAAUAAUGAUUAUGUAAAGGUGGAGGACCUGAUUCUAGAUCAGCACUCCUACUGUGAGUCGCUUUGUGAAUACGGGCCCAGAAUGCGAAUAUUGACGUGGACCGGGCCUGGCGGCAUAUUGUUCCGUGGUACAGAAGUGCUGAUAGUGCUGACUGGUUUGCUCCUCCAGGACUAGGGAUGUGAAUGGGUUUACAGAGCCAGUCCAAGACCUGAUCCUGGGUCAGUCACCCUGCCUGGAGCAGUGGGAAGGCUCUGUGGACUACUGGAACACAAGCCACUAUUGUUGACAUAGAAAGACAACUUACAGGCAGUGUUCCCGAGUGUUGCCAUUCCAAAAUUCCUGCUCACGCUGUGUGUUUUGCAAUUGCUACAUCUGAUAAGAUCGUUGAUACACAAAAGACUCUGAGGACGACUUGGUUAAUGUAAAUUGAAUUGAUGAAACGUUAGAAGUGAAUAGCCUGCCCAGGUCAAGUGAUGUGCUGAGUGAACAGCUUUGUGCAGAACGUUAGAAAGGUUUCUCUUUUGGUCACAUAUUUGUACAAUGUGAAAUAUGAUUGGUAAAUCAAUGUUUAGUUGUCAUCUUUCCUAAUGGUAUAAUAACCAGCUACAAAUGGCCCAUCAAAGACGAUGUACAUGCUGGUUAAUAGGAGCUAAGCCCUACUUAUGUUGAAUUCCACUGGUGGUAAUAUUACAUUUUAUACUGCUGCUGCUGUGUUGAAUUGAAUUGUGUCACACCAGAAUGGCUGAAAGAGGAGCCUGUGUGUGCGUUUUUCCAGCCAGUGAGCUUCACUUUUUCAUCCCCUCUUUGACCCUGCUGCUCUUUGCAAGAAAUGCUGAUAAUGUCUUUACCACAGUAUCCAUAUUACAGUUCUUAAUUCUGUAGUCAGUUAUAAGCCUAAGAUAGUUCCAGUUGGUACAAUAAUCAAUCAUGUCAUAUUACGUUACACACAGCCAGCAUGCUAUUCUUAUGACAAACUCCAUUUCCUUUAGUUUUUUUUCUCCCAGUUAAAUUUUUUUUCCAGCCAGCAUGUCUUCUCAUGUUUCACUUCCCUCUCUAUUUUUCUCUCUUCCACAUCUCCUCCCACCGUGGAUCAUGACCGGGACUCAUGGGGAAAUUGCUCACCGUGUCCUGGUCUCUUAUUGACCACUUUGGCUGUCACUCAUCUUCCAAUCAUAUUCCACUGGUCAAAGGGGGAUUCUCUGCCCAAUCUGGAUCUCCUCCUGGCGCUGCCCCCUCCCCCUGCCUCCCUGGCCCCCCCCAGGGAGCCUGUCCGCUUAGCUCCGGUCCCUGCAUGGAGACAGGUAAAGAGUGGACUAGUUUAACCCCUGGAUGUCCCUAAGCAACCUUCUCUCUGCUGUGUUUUACAGUAGUAUAGAUGGGGAAAUCUGCUUUGUGUCCAGAUUGUUAUUGAUCAUAGACAUAGCAUGUCUUGUUUUCUGUAGACUUUGGAGUGAUAGAACCAGUAGUUCCGAUUUUGUUAAUGACAACAACAAAAAAAGUCAGUGUACAUGUUCUAAAACUUCUGGAUCAGAUAGUUUUGUGUGUGUGUGUGUGGUGCCAGAAUAAGCAGCGGUGUGUGGUUGCGGUCCGUUGACUUUUCGGCCCAGACGGUGUGUGAUGUCAUGUUUUCUCUUGUCCCAUGUGGAUUAUCCCUUCUCCUUCUCCCUCUCUCCCUUAUCCCCUCUCCUUCUCCCUCUCUCCCUUAUCCCCUCUCCUUCUCCCUCUCUCCCUUAUCCCCUCUCCUUCUCCCUCUCUCCCUCUCUCCUUAUCCCCUCUCCGACUCCCGCCAUAUUGUCUCAGAAACGCAACCAGCAGCAGGAGCAGCUCAGCUUCCGCUAUAAGGAGAAGGUCAAGUGUCAGACCCUACCCAUCAGAGGGGAGCAGGUACGCUGGCCUGGCUGACGCUGUAGUCGUCUCUGCCUACUAGGCCGUCUCCCCUCUCCAGUUUACCAGCUAACCAUGCUAUCAGUGCUAGCUACUAGCUAGCCUAGCAUCCCAUGCCUUCAUAGACAAACAGGCUUUCGCUUUAGCUUAGCUCAGUUAGCUUAAUUGUGCUAGUAAUCUAAGCUUAGUUAGCUAAUCAUUGAAGCUUCUUUUGUCAUUUCUGUGUGGUUCUUUUUUAAAUUGUAGAUGCUAAUAGUUUGAGCCAUGAAGCUAAAUGGCUAGUUCAGAGCUGUGCUUGAUUAACCCCUGAAAGCUAAUACUUAGUUGAGCUAAUUUGCUGGAUAUAGUCUGCAAUGAAAAAAUAUAGAUUUUUUGUGGAAAUAUUAGUUAACACACCAUGAAGCCAUUAAAGGUAGACUCAGCGAUAUGAUGCAGAAAGUAAACAGCAUAGUGGGUCAGUUUCUGCAACAACUAAGAGUGUUGAAGCGCGAGGCUCAACUUCUGUGCUGUUUUGGUGCCCUGCCUACCACACUGUGAACCAGGCCCCCAGUGUCCGGUCUGGAGCGUGAAGUCACAAGCUCUGCUGGUCAGCUACUGCGUAGAAACCUAGCGGUGCCAAAAGCUCUGGUCUGCCCUAGAAAGCCUAUGUAAAUUACGAUCGGCAGAACAAAUAACUUUUAGACUGCUGUUUUGGGCUCUAAAAUUAGUUUAUUAUGAUCAAGUUCGAUCCCCACAGAGAAUUAUUUUAAAGUUUGCUACAAAUUGAGAUAUUUAAUUAAAUACUGAUCCAUUCUGACUACUACAUUUGCCAUCACACAGGACCACGUACUGACACAGACCAAUCACAGGCCGACAGGCUACGAGGAGGCUCAUUCACGCUCUUUGCACGUGUCUCUCAGGCAGGAUGAAAACGACAUCGACCAUGAUCCUUUGCUAGUUAGGGCCACUUUCACCAUGAUCCUUAGCGGUUUUUUGGUGCCAUUCAGCCCCAUUCAGCAAUAUGGCGCACUUCAAAUUAAAAUACUUCCGGCUUCAUGCGCCAUCGGUUGUUUUCCAUAGGAAUACGUAGAUGAUGUCAGCGCUAUCACUAUAUGCUGGUUUUAAUGUUUAUGAGGUGAACAGCGUGAAGCAAACCCAUGCACAUGGGCAGAUACUGUGUGUGACUGUGUGAGAGCGAAGUCUUCAAUAUCUGUGGUGCUGCUUGUGGCAAAGUCUUUUAGCUGAGUUUACCUUUAACAUCUAGACUGAGUGGACAGUGAGAACUUUCCAAUACCACUUUUCCAUCUCAAACACUCAUGUUCCCUGAUUAGAGCUCCUGUUUUAGUAGCUCUUCAGACUCACAUAAGUAUACUCUCGCUCACCACAGUAUUUCAUACUUUCCUCAUCAUGCAAUUCUUCCCCCCCUUUUCCCAUUCAUCCAAGAUUUUUGUGGCUGUUGAAGGAAAAAAACACUUGCAGAUUUCUCUCUUGCUUCUAACUGUAUAUUAACUAGAGUUGGGAAAUGUGGAGAUGUGAUUUAUUUGCCUUAAUUUUCCACAUACAUCCAGUGGGUGGUCUUUAUGCACAGUGUGUGUCCUUGUGUGUCAUUCAACAGUGUUGGCAUGAGUGUUUAGUGCAGUAGAAUGCCAGUGGUAGUAACGUGGAUGAGUGUGGGGGUGAGGGUAGCACUGUAGCAGAUGAUUGUUUUAGCCUAGUGGAUGAGAAUCAUUAGUUAAAUUGAUAUUAAUAUGUCAAUGUGUGUGUUGACUUCAAAAGUGAAUUCGGAUGAGAUAAUAUGAAUGGUAUAGAGUUUGUGUGUGUGUGUGUGUGUGUGUGUUUGUGUGUGUAUGUUAAAUGGUGUAAGUGUGCACGUCGGUGACACCAUCAAGUGACGGCCUGUCCUCCUCUCCUCACUCAAGCCAAGAAGCGGUACAGAGUGGAACUCGGGCUCACGGAGCUGCCCUAAGAAAACCAUUCUGCUUUCCUCUUCCUCCACCUCUUCACUCUCUCUUCACUCACAGGUGACCAGUCUGUGCCAUACCAUACCAGACCAUACAUAUACUCCCCUAUCCUCUUCCUUGUCGAUCCUAUAUCUAACCUCUUUCCUCUCAGGUCUCGUCUUACCUUUGUAUAAGUUCUCCAAAUGUGCUGUCAAAGUAGAAAGCUAGACUCUUCUUCCCCUCCCUCGUAGAGAACUUCCAAUCUAACUAAAAUAAGCUGUAUCUAGUCUUAGUUUACAUUCUUCUCAUGAGUGGGUUGCUUUUUGUUAACUUUAACAGGGUUUACUUAUGUUGUGGCUGACCAGUGUGUAGAUUGGGGCCUUGUUGCCAUACUGUCUGCAGUGAAAGAUCUGAUGCUGUAUAUGGCAUGCUGCUGUUUGUUUAUGAAGGCCCAGAGAGGAGAAACAUGGUCCUAGCUCUCAGUGGUCAGUAUUGAAGUGUCGGUCUCUGUGUGUGUGUCCUCAAGCACUGUGGUAGAGGCGGUAUGGAGGAGGAAGAGACCACACAGGACCAGACACCUCAGGCACACAGGGUAACAACCAUGGUUGCAUGGGCCUGCUGUAAUCAGUGCUGACCCCUGGGGAACGAACAACACAGACGGAGUGUGUGUGAUUGGGUGUCUCUACGGAUUGUGUGGGGGAGAACGGAAGGAAUUGUUGUGGGUAGAAUAUAAUGAUUGGGACGAACAACAAUCAAAGUGUAAGCAGAUGAUGACUUCUGUCAUUUCAGGGCUAGUUUCAUUUGGGCACUGUUUGUUCUCUUGUACCAUAGCAGUGCUUACAUGCUAACUCAUAUACAGUAUGAAUACAUGAUAUGUCUGCCCUUUGUCAAUAGAGGUCUCUUAUUCCAUAGCCUUUCAUAGAGUGUUAGGUCAACCUUACCAGCUAACUGCAUCAACCAGUGUCAACAAGUUUUGGGACAAACAGACUGUAAACACACACAAGGCUUACCUUGGUUUGCUCUGCAGAAAUGGGAACCCACGCAGCUUGAGGAGCCAGAGCCUAUUCACAUCCCUAGCAUUCAGGAGAGGUCUGCGUGGCUAGUUGCUAAGUUUAAGGGUAAACCUGAGAAACCAAAGGUGAACACCAAACCGUGCUGUCUAGAAUCAGUGAAUCCAUUAUCUGUAAGUGAUAGGCCUGGUAGAUUUAUUGCAUUUUUGAAUAGUUUGUGUGUGUUUAGUGUUGGUUUACUACUGUACUCUUCAUCAUUCUGAUCAUUCUCAUUCCUGUUGCCUUCUCUAAACUGUCCCAUUUCUCUGUCCUCUCCCUUUCCCCUGGAGCUUAAGAAAAAGCCCUCACGCUUUAUAGAACAGUGGCACCUGUCCCUCAGCCAGAACACAGAAAGCCUCCUCUCCUCCCCUGAAAAUAUUGGACAGGUAGCCUCUCCUGCCUGGGGACUAUAG